UCUGUGUGCGCUUCGUACUUAAUAUCGUAUUCUCCAUUUGUGUUAAGAAAACUUAUGAUAUCUGUAAUUAUGCUGAUGGCUUAAUCAUUGAUAAUUAUUGGAAUAAUCAGCUUGUUUUAUUACAGUUGAAUUGCUUAUGUGUAAAAUUGCAACGUUGACGUCUCGGUAGAUCGCAAUAGAGUCCGACCCGAGUACUGUUAGGACCCCUCCCCUUCCUAAUCUUUCACGUAUUCUCUUCUCCUUCUUAUUCUUAUCUCUCUCUGCAUUUUUGUUUUUCUUUUAUCGUCUCUUCUUCGCAUUCUCCGUAAAAUCAGAAAGGAGAGAUGGAAGUCGCAUGCGGAUCCCGUAAUCGUCUCAUCGUUGCUUAUCUUCGAAUGUCUUGACAUUAAAUAUUUGAUAUUCUCGCGUUUCUCUUCAGUGAUGGAUCUUCGCUUUAGGGUAUUUGUUGUAAUCUUCCUAAUCGCAGCCUUCAUCUGGCAGUCUACCAAUGGGAAAGAUUCAGGUAAUAGUGGUUCUUCAAAAAAAAAGAAAAAUGCAACCAAGAUUCAACUUAGUGAAGACAUUGCAAUGAAUCCUUUUCUUCAGCAAUCCGUAAUUCUUUCUGGUAUUGAGGGCAAUCCCUUUCUGUCGAUUCAUGUCAACAAUAGCCAAAAACCAUUCAGUACAGUACCAAAUAUAUCUCUAUCACAAGAGAAUAAUAUUUUCAACAGUACAGUGCCAAAUAUAUCUCUAUCACAAGAGAGUAAUGUUUCCAACAUUGCAAUAUUUACUAACAACAAUCCUUUCUUGAACUUUGGGACUGAUACAAGGGUUGAUACGGCACCAAAACCAGUUACACAAGCACCUGAACCAGUGACUAAUAUACCAUCAUCUUCAGCAUCAGAUAACCCUUUUUCAACAUUUUAUGCACAUAAUCCUAUUACAAUUAAACCUGCAUCCUUAGGCACACCAUCAUUGUUGGAUUUAAUAUCUAUCACGAGUGGCUCAACGAAAACAAUAUCAGAACUUAAAUGCGACGAAUACGUGAGAGAAAUCGUAGGCACGACUGAAAUAAUGUCGCUUGUCGGCACAUCAUCUGACGUGAUUAAAGUGAACAAUAUCUGUCGGGAUGCAAAUCGCCUAGUUAUCGGUGGUACCGAGGCGAAGAUCGGCGAGUUCCCACACAUGGUCGCCUUGGGACGCAUCUCCGAUAGGACGUUCACUUUAAUGUGUGGAGCGACACUGAUCUCACAUACUUGGGUACUUUCUGCUGCGCAUUGCACUUAUGGGCCAAAUGGCAGUCCGACUGAUGCACGCAUAGGCUUUCACAAAUUGACAGAUCAACAAUCCACAGGUGUCACAGUUGCCAUCAAAACCAUGAUCCGACAUCCGAAUUAUAAACCACCCGCAAUGUAUGCGGACAUAGCUCUGGUGGAACUCGCGAAUGCCGUUACAUUUAGCAUGACAAUACGACCUGCAUGUCUUUAUCAAAAAUACGAUAGUGUACCAGUGAGCGCCUGGAUUAGCGGUUGGGGUGUUACCGAAAUCGCUGGAGAUUCGACCGAGGAAUUGCGGAAGGCUCAGCUGGAUCUGAUAGACAACUUAGCGUGCACGAUACGGUACAACAGUUCCAAAGAAACUCCAUAUGGUGUCACACCGAGCAUGAUUUGCGCCGGUGAUCCUAGUGAAGGCUGGAUCAAAGAUUCUUGCCAGGGCGAUUCCGGAGGUCCUCUACAAGUUAUUCAUCCUAAAAAUCUGUGCGUAUUCCAAGUGAUUGGCGUCACCAGUUUUGGUCAGGGCUGCGCGAUCAUCGACACGCCUGGUGUUUAUACUAGAGUAUCCCAUUAUAUUUCCUGGAUAGAGGGUAUCGUUUGGCCGCAAUAAUUGUGAUCUAUUAGGUUUUUACGCGAAAAAUAUAAAAAAACAUUAUUUAUUAAAUUGUAUUCGGUCAAAUUAAAUCUUACA